AUGGCAGCGGAAGACAUGCUGCGCCGAGACCAAAUCGGCGAGCAGAAAUGUACGCGCUGCCAACUGAAUAAUAAAAUGAAUACGCCGAAAAUCGAACCGCCAGAUACGACACUAGUGAAUGAAACGGGGCUACGAAUGCUUCUAGAUUUGAAUGACACAUUCUUUUUUCGAACGCUGAACGAGAGUAACUGUACUUUUGAAAAUGGAACGUGUAGUGAUGUGAGUUAUAAUUACUGGGCGUUGUCUUUGCUAGUGUUUCCACUGUUGACGUUGUUCGGGAAUGUGUUGGUGAUAAUAAGCGUGUCUAGAGAGCGUAGUUUGCAAACAGCGACGAACUAUUUCAUAGUGAGUCUGGCGGUCGCCGAUUUGCUGGUGGCAGUCGUCGUGAUGCCGUUUGGCGUUUAUUAUUUGUUUAAUGGUGCAUGGGGACUGCCAGCUGUAGUAUGUGAUUGCUACAUCGCCAUGGAUGUGACAUGCUCCACGUCUAGCAUAUUCAACUUAGUUGCCAUCUCUGUAGACAGAUACAUAGCAGUAACGCAACCAAUCAAAUACGCGAAACACAAAAGCAACGCCCGAGUGUGGACCAUGAUCUGCAUAGCCUGGCUUGUCUCUUGCGGCAUCGGCAGUCCCGUCGUGCUGGGCCUUAACAACUCGCCAGAUCGCAUAGAAAACCAGUGUCUGUUCAACAACACGGACUACGUCAUAUAUUCGUCGCUUGGCAGUUUUUACCUGCCAUGUGUUAUUAUGAUGUUCCUGUAUUAUAAUAUAUUUAAGGCAAUACGCCAGCGAGCGAAGAAGCAGCGAUCAGCCAAAAGCACAUCAUCUGGGAUAGCAUCAGCUUCUAGUGGCACAGCGGCCGUAGUCAUCGAAAACUUGGCGCAAACGCCAAGGUUACAGAGCACAGAACCUCCCACUAACACUGCUUCCGCGUCGGGCAGUAAUGAAGAUGAGGAGGACGACAAAACAGAGAUGGGCGUAUACGCAGACGAGCUGGCAACGACGCGAUCCGCGAGGUUCAUGCUAGCGGCCGUCGUGGAGGAAACUGGCCUGAUCAUGGCCAACCUGGCGUCCCCAAUCCCCAUGAUGGAUCCCAACACAAACAACGACUCGGGGUAUGCGCCCUCGAACCUUGAUGGGGAGACGAAGGAGCAUAGCCCCCCAGCGUCCCCCAAGGAGAAGAAAGAAAAUGGGGCGCCAAAGAAACCAGAACUGAAGAAAAAGCUAAGCAACCUCAGCAAAAGCUCCGUCAUCUCUACUCCUCGUCGGCGCUUCAGGUCUGCAGCAUCAGCAGCUCGGUUCACCAUCUUCCGAGCUAAUCGAGCUGGCAAGCUGCGGGCCAAGAGCUUUGCCAAGAAAGAGAAGAAGGCUACGCAGACGUUGGCCAUAGUUCUGGGUGUCUUCCUCUUCUGCUGGGCGCCAUUCUUCACAUGCUCAGUCUUCGACGCGCUCUGCACCAAGCUCGGGCUCCCCUACGGUCCCGGCUACACUGUCUUCAUCCUAACCACGUGGUUGGGCUACAUCAACUCCUUCCUUAACCCUGUCAUCUACACCAUCUUCAAUCCGGAGUUCAGGAAGGCCUUCCGCAAGAUCCUGCACUGCGGCACCUAGCCCAUAGACUAUCUGGUCGUGUAUGAUUAGAUCCCUUGUAGUUGUACCUUCGUUCCUGUCAGUUUCGAUUCAGAGACCAUUAAGAUUCUAAUAAAAUUUGAGAACUUCCCCCUUUUACUCGUUGGCUGAAAUAGGUUCUUUCUUGAAAUGCUGAAUUUUGCAACUUUAAAACGCUGGCUUCGGAAAUAGAAAGUCAGAUGUUAGAAUUCAAAAAUUUCCUUUUGACUAAUUCAUUUCCAUUCUUUUAAUUCCUGGGAAAUAAUACAAUUUCUCCAUUUUUAAAUUCUGAAUCCACCGUUUAUUAAAAGCUCUAAAGUAUUGUUUUGAAUAGGUCUGGAUUUUUUGAAAUUGUCACUUAUUUGCAGACCGGAUGGAGCAGACUAAAAUACUGUUCUUCAGUAUUUCAAUUUGAGGAAGAUCAUAUAUAGGAAUAUCGAGAUCUGUUAACACGGAACGAAGGUCUGAUGGCUCCUUUUCAUACAUACCAUGCAUAAUCCAAAGCUAGUCCAUUCCUGUUGUUGACAUCAUCGUCAAUGUACCAAUGAGCGGCUAUUGAGAGUUGAGAGUAUUAAGAUCGGCACAGUACUUAUCAAAUCUUUACUAGAGGGCCGAUAGCUUUGGAGUACCUAUGUCAAUAUACGAAUUCUUAUAAUCUAACAUAUGUAGUAUUUAUCUGAUCUGACUGAUGUCCAGUUACACAAUAAUAUUGAGCGCACGAACGUUGUUCUGAAGUUUGAUAAAGGAUAAAUGUUUUGAAAUACAUAUGAUUUUGUACAACCUCUCCUAAAUGUGAAAUAUUUCAAACUUUCCAAACAUUUUCCGGACACAAUGAAUAUCUACGGAUGACAUUUGGGUUGUUUAACGCACCCGCAUGUAUGUAUCCUUUAUAAUUAUCCCUUUUAGGAAGGGUUAAACUUCUAAGUUUAAUUGUAAAAGCAGAACCACUGCAGAAGGCACACAUUGUACAUUAAGUCUUAAUACGUUGUCAAUAAGAGCUGAAAUUGCUUGACUUUUGCGUGGUUCUUCAAAAUUUUCGAGCUUUACUAGUAAUGUCGUAGUAAUUUUAGAUAUUAUGUAACAAUCCUUAGAUUUGCCAAAGAAUAGUAUAUUUCCAUGUGAUACUUGAUGUUUGGAGUUACUAUAGUCUGUACCUUUAGGCAUUUAAAAAAAUGUAAACAAAAUCUACUCUCAAAUAACUCGUUAUCGAGGAUAAAAGAAAACAUUACUCGACCAAAUAAGAAGGUUAAAUACACGUCGCUCAGUGACAGAUUCACUUGGUUUUGUGUUUGGUUGGUUAACCGACAAAUGUAACUAAAGUGUACAAAUUAUUUGUUUACCGUUUUUUGUGUAUCCAAAAGUACAGAGUAUAGUCAUUAGAAUUAAUGGAUGACAUGAUGUAUGUAAAAUAUCUUUAUUAUAGGUAUGUAUGUAUAUCUAAAAACAUUCUCGUUUAAAUUGCUAAAACAGUUUAUCUCGAUGAAAUCGAGAACGUAAAUAUGACACGCGUUCUCAGCUUGAACUGAA